AUGUCAGCCGCCGCUGAGGACACGACGAUCGUCCAGAGUCGGGGAGACGCCCAACGCUCUGGUGAACAAGAGCACGAGCAGUGGCGAUCGGGCAGACGAGCCGGCGAUAAGGAGGACGAGGAACGAGAAGACGAAGUCGACGAAGAAGAAGGAGACGGAGAAGAAGAAACAGAAGAGGAAAGUGCUGGCGCUGGUAGUGGUCGAAUCGACGCGUAUUUUCAGCAGCGCAGUAGUCCGCGCACGCGCAGCUCUUCUCUCCACGCGACAAAGGAACCGCAGGCGAAGCCAUCGAAGCGCAAAGCCACGCAGUCAGAGCGCAGCAAGCGCUGGAACCGUCGGCGGAAGAUCGCACAGGUGAUGGACGAAGCGGAUUUGGACUCGAGUACACGCCGAGCUCGGGAAGCAGAAGCUAAGCGAGCUAAGCGGAUCGACGCGAUACUCGGGAGCUUUUCGGCUUUGUCGGAGGAUCAAUUGGCGGUAGCGUCUGACCAGCAGACGAACAAGAAGAAGAAGAAGAAGAAAAAGAAGGGGGAGGGGGAGGAGGGCGACGAUGAUGAAGAGGAGGAGGAGGAGGAGGAGGAAGAGAUGGCGUUGUGUUUGAAUCAAGUCACGAGUGAGGGGGCAGUGCCUACGGGUGCAGAAGGUACCGAGGACGCGCCCGUGUUUGUCUACACGGACUUGGUGAAGAAGCUCAAGCCGCACCAGAUUAUUGGCGCGCGGUUUCUCUGGAGUCAUGUGGCUGUCGAGCCCGAAGGCUUUGGCUGUGUACUGGCGGACUUUAUGGGUCUGGGGAAGACGCUGCAGGUCAUAACGACCGUACAGGCGUUUUUGUCCAAGAAGAUGCUGGAUGUAGACGGCAGGUUGCAGCAGCGACAUAAAAAUGUGCUGAUCCUUGCCCCGACGAUCUGUGUGAGGAAUUGGGAAGCCGAGAUUGUCAAGUGGCUUGGCAAGAACGAGACGAGACGUCUUGGGCUGUUUACGUUGGAGUCGGGGCGAGAAAAGAAAAUGUGUGAUCGCGUCUCGGUCGUCAAGAAGUGGCACAAGCGCGGCGGGAUACUGAUCAUGGGAUACGAGCUAUACCGCCUGUUGGUGUUGCAGUCGAGUGGGGACGAAAAGAUUGCAGCGGGAAACCAAAAGCACGCGCAUAUGAUCAAACAGGUGUACGCGUGCUUGGGCAACCCAGGCCCCGAUCUGAUCGUGCUAGAUGAAGGUCAUCGUGUGCGUAAUCACAAGUCUAAGAUGGUGAAAGCACUAGCGCACGUCAAAACAACUCGACGAAUCAUAUUGACGGGAUACCCGUUACAAAAUCACUUGGAGGAAUACUGGACAAUGGUAAACUUUGCCCGGCCCGACUACCUUGGCUCGUUGGAGGAGUUUAAAAACCGAUACGUAGCUCCUAUAACGAACGGACAGUGCAUUGACAGCUCUGAAGCUGACUUGCGGCUGGCUCGGCACCGAGCGUUUGUUUUGACGAGGGAGCUGAAGCCUUUUGUGCUGCGUCGAGACCAACAGUAUCUCUUUAAACAGCUGCCGCCUAAGAAAGAGUUUGUGCUGAUGUGCAAACUGACGGACGCACAGGCGCAGUUGUACCGAGAGUUUCUGAAGCAGGGCGUUCCGACGCGUGGCGACACCGAGCAGGUGGACGUUCUUGGUGGCUACCAUAUUGCAUUGGCUAUCUCGAAUCAUCCGGAUGUCAUUUGUGACACUUACAGGAGAUUGGAGAAAGAGGAGCGGGAAGGCGCUAACAAGAAGUCGAAAAAAUACGGCGGUGUCUCUGAGAUUUUUGGGGUCGAAGAUGGUGGCAACGAUUUUGAUCCAUAUAUUGGCGGCCCCCUAUGUAAUGGUCGGAGCUCUACUACAAGAAGGGCUACGUCAGUCGCACCACCUGGAUCGUGCGUUGCUGAUAACGUUGAUGGUAACGUAGAUGACGCAGCAGUUUUGGAUUUGAUGGAUGCGCCUAGUUCUGCCGCAUUGAAGCGGAAACACGCCUCGGGCGCGGGAUGGCAUCGCUUGAAGUUUGCUCAAAAGUUUGUUGAAGAACACGUUCCGAACCAACUCGAAACAAGCGGCAAGAUGAUGAUUCUUAUGGAACUCUUACAGGCUUGUCAGGCUGUCGGCGAUCGCGUGAUCAUAUUCUCGCAGAGCAUUCCUACACUGGAUGUCAUUGGAGCAACGAUCUCGAAACACAACAAGUGUCGGUACCGUCACGCGAAUCGUCUUACGUUCUUGCGAAUUGACGGAAGUACGUCACAACAAGACAGGUUCCGUCAGAUAGCCCAGUUCAACGAUCCUGAAGAGGACAUCGACGUAAUCAUGAUCUCGACGAAGGCGGGCGGUGAGGGGAUCAAUCUGUGCGCUGGCAACCGGAUUAUCAUUUUUGACGUGUGCUGGAACCCAUGCAACGACUCCCAGUCUAUGUGCCGUUCGUACCGGUUUGGCCAGACGAAGCCCGUGUUUGUGUAUCGUUUCGUGACGAUGGGGACAAUGGAAAAGAAGGUGUAUGACUUGCAAAUUCGCAAAGAAGGCGUAGCGAAGCGUAUUGUGGACGAAAAGACGACCGAGAGAAAGUUUAUGUCUUCCGAGCUACAAAAGUAUUUCAACAUCAAAGAAUUUGAGGACUCUUUGUUGCACGCACAAGGGAAAGUAGUGGAUGAUCGAGAAGUAGCGAUGAAGCCUAUUCCUCACGAAGACACUGUGCUUGUAGACGUUCUAGCUAAAAUGGGAGGAAUCGCUACGUUUGGUGCUACGACUGCCCUGGACGAUGAAGAAAGCAUUGCUACGGGAGUGUCGGAUGACAAGAGAUGUAUCAUUGAUUGGUUUGAGCAAGAAACAAUGUUCGAGGAAGAUUUGGAUCAGCAGUGUACACCUGCUGAGCAGAAGGAAAUUAUGGAAAGUUAUACUUACUUCAAGGCGGUAAAGAAGCUUCGCAGCAUAGGCGCACACCUCAUUAACCGCGAGGGUGUGUUAGUGAAGAAUUGCGACUAUUGCCGUGCGCUGAACGAGAUUUACCCGACAUCAACAACGACCGUUCCGAUUCCUUUGAAGAUUGAGUGCAUAUAUUGCAAGCGGUCCAUGGAAACUGCUGGUGCAGUCCCUCCAUCCCAAAAUAUGGCCUCCGUGUAUCCUUGCAUGGGACACUUUUCUCGGGUCUCGGGCCUCAUACCAGGGACUACACUAGCUACCACAGCACCUCUAUCUAUACCAAUAACCAUGACACAUCCGUUCGUGCCAGCUGCUGGAGCUAGUGUGGCUCGAGUUUUGCCGCCUCACAUGCAGGCAAUGUUCGAACGCCAAAAGAGAGAUGACAAGGCAGCUGAGGAGAGGCGGAACCAGCUCAUUGCUGAACAAAAUGCCGAGCAGCGACGAUUACUGUUUGGGCGUGAGCAAGCUGAGAUGGCAGUAGCAAUACGAAGACAGGAGCGAUUAGCCAUGAAGCUCAAAGACCGGCAUUUACUCAUUCUCCGGCGAGGUAUCAAGGGCUGCCAAGACCUGAAGCGCAGCGCCGAGGAGUGUGGCGCUACGCUGGCGAUUGAGGUCAAUUCGCAACUUACAGACAUUGUCAGUGCGAUGAGCCGAGAAGAGACACUGCGGUGGCUCAAGUUGAGCAAGCUCGCAGGCGACGUGGAACUGCACGACGACAUAUGGCUGCGGAAUGAAAUUGCAAAAGAGAAAGGUUCGCCGUUGCGUUCGGGCCAAUCGUGUUUUGGCUCGCCCCCACAGUCCCGGCCUGCCGUCGCAGCUGUCACUGCUGCUGUCCAUUCGAGGUCUUCCGUUGCCAGUACUCCUCCUUUUACGUCCUCAACUUUGAACAAUGAGAGUCCACAGACAACAGCGGACAGCAGCAGUGAUUGCAUCGAGCUUGUGGAAUCGGACGGUGAGGGCACCUCGAAGACAAGCGCGAGCAACGGAGCAGUAGCCAGUGGCAAUGCUGUUGCGGCCAUUGCUCCUGCAGCCGACGUGAUCGAGAUCUUGUAG